GAGCAGCGUCGUCCGAGUGCAUCGAUGGCGUGGCCCGGCAGCAACUACUACGGCGCCUUCGACGCGUAUCCGCCGCCGCCCGGCGCCGGUGGCGGCGGCGGCGGCGCUGGUCCUCCUCCUGGCGGACCGCCCGGCGGACAGCCUUCUCAGCCACCGCCGGGCUCGCAGCAGCAAGCUCAGCAGCAACAGCAGCAGCAGCAACAGCAAAUGGCGCAGCAUGCCUCGCGCUCCGCCUAUCCGCCGCCUGCGCCGCCGCAGCAGUACCCUCCUCAGCCGCCCGCCGCAGCCGGCGGCUACGGCUAUCCGCCCGCCGGCUAUCCGGGCGCCGAGUAUGGUGCACCAGCGCCUGGCGGUGCACCUGGAGGCUGGCCGCCGUACGGUGCACCUCAAGGCUAUGGCCAUGGCUUUGCGUCAUCGCCGUGGGGCGCUCCUCCACCGUGGAGUGCGCCCUCAGCGCAGAACCCCUACGGCUCACCCAGUCAGCCUCCGUUCUAUCCUCGCGGUCGCGUCCCGCCUCCGCCCUUUUCGCCGCCCACUUCGGCGCCCAUGCAGGGCUGGGGCUCGCCUUAUGGCGGCUACGACCCGCGCAUGGGUGCGUACGGCGGCAUGGGCGGCAUGCCGCCGCCCUGGGCCGCACAGGCUGCAGCGUACGGGCAGUACGGCCCGCAUGGUGGCCUAGGCCUCGGCACGGGAGCUCAAGGCAUGAUGAGUCCGUACGGCCACUAUGGAGGAGGCGCGGUGCCGCCGCACAUCCAGGCGUCGAUCGCUCGUGGGUACGCAGACGGCUGGAGCAAGCCGCGUCGCAGCAACAAGCACGGCAAUCGCAAGCGCGGCGGCAGCAAGUCGGGCCGUUCGAGUAGCAGCAGCAGCAGCGACAGCGAGUCGGGCAGUCAGAAGUCGAAGAAGACGAGCAAUGGCAAGCGCAUCCAGGAUGCGAUGCUUGGCGCUGUCACGGGCGCGAUGCUGGAGAAGGGGCUCGAGCACUGGAAGGACCGCAAGGACAAGGACACGAAGAAGUGAAGGACGCAGAACGCACACAUGAUCUCGAGCCCUGCUUCCCAUCACCUUCGCCGUGUCUCUCUCUCCUCUCGCCCACGCUCUUUUCCCGCCACGACGCUCUUUUGUUCUGCGCCGCAAAUGUCAUCUAGAAAUGUUCGC